GCAACUGGGAGGAUCCUCGCGGGAUUUCAGUUCGGCUUUAUCAGUUCGGGCUCUGUGGGUGUGACAAGAAGGAUGGCUGCGCUUCGUAGUUUCUGAUCCGGAACUAGUUUUUCAGAAAACCCGGAAGGAGUAGGUGGCGCGCGCGAAGCGUGUUCCUUGUUGGGGAGUGGAGAGCUACGAGGUGAGCGAGAAGUGCUCCAGGGUUUUUCCGUGUAGCCCUGGCUGUCCUGGAACUCACUCUGUAGACCAGGCUCACCUUGAACUCAGAAAUCCACUCGACUGCUGGGAUUAACUGUGUGUCCCUGGUAUGCUCUCCAAGUUCUUGACUAUGGAGUAUUUGGUUCAUCCUGGUACACUCAGCUUGGCUGCUGGAGUUGCUUGUGGCAUGUGCCUGGGCUGGGGCCUCCGGAGCCACCGUGGGAUGUUCCCCCAGAACUCAGCAAGUGAGAUAAACAGAGACACAGAGACGGGAACCGAAGCAAGCAUCUUGGGAGAGAGUGGGGAAUACAAACUGAUUCUUGUGGUUCGAACUGACUUAAAGAUGGGGAAAGGGAAGGUCGCUGCCCAGUGUUCUCAUGCUGCUGUUUCUGCCUACAAGCAGACUCAAAGGAGAAACCCUCAAGUGCUCAAAGAGUGGGAGUACUGUGGCCAGCCCAAAGUGGUGGUCAAAGCUCCAGAUGAAGACACGCUCAUUCAAUUACUCACCCAUGCAAAAACCUUGGGACUGACUGUAAGUUUAAUCCAAGAUGCUGGACGUACUCAGAUUGAACCAGGCUCUCGAACUGUCCUGGGCAUUGGGCCAGGACCAGUAGAGCUAAUUGAUGAGGUCACUGGCCAUCUAAAACUCUACUAGAUGCCCUUCUGCUCGAUGGUGAUUUUGUCGGAAGACUGUGAGCCUGUCAGUAACAAUAAAUGCUCAAUUCUCCCCACUUUAAGAUCUGGUCCCAUGUUCCUCUGUCAUGUACUGGACUAUUAGUAUCUUGAGCUCAAAUUACUACUGAAGGAGUAGAGAGAUGCCUCAGUGAUUAAGGGCACUUGUUCUUCUUGCAAAGGAUGCUGGUUCAGUUUCUAGUAUCUAGUAUCUGGAUGUCAGUUUACAACCAUCCAGUUCCAGGGAAUCUUAACCCUUUCAAUCACCAGGCAUACACAGUGUACAUAUACAUCCAGGCAAACCCGCAUAAAUCCAAAGAAUACAUAAAUACAAAGUUUAUUCUCUAAAUGCUCCUGCAGAUAGGGUCUGAAACAGAUUGGAAGUGAGAUGACGCUGGGUGAGAGGGAAACUACAUUUCCCAUGUAUAGUUAGGCCCCUGUGUGUGGAUUAAUCUCAAACCAUGCUGUUGUCCCUUGCCUUUUUGAGGACCUGGUUCAAGCUACUCUUUGAAUGACUGAUAACCUCUUUUUAUUAUUAACAGACCACUGCAUAGACCCACUGUACAAUUUUGAUUUAGAUUUUAUUUAACUAGCUGGAUGUUUUUGAAGUGGUCUCUGGUUAAUCUUGAACUUGUGGUAUUUCUCCUGCCUUGACCUCCUACCUGCUGGGAUUGAAGGAAUGAGCCAUCAUACCCAGCUACUCUCUAAAUUUAGUUCUACUUCAAAGUUGAAAUUUUAUGAUGUAUGUAGCAUUUUGAUUUCUCCUGACCCAAUUGGGCUAAGAUACUUCAAAGUGGUUCUAAUUCAUAAACUAUGAAAAUUUCUGUACUUCAACAGUGAAACCAAUGAGUUUGUGAACUUUAUGGAUUUUCAAAGUGGAUAUGUGAAAAUUUAUGGGAAAUAAAGGACUGUAGUUGUACCCAGCCAGUUUCUCCUGGAAAUUUUAGGAAUUAAGUAAUUUUAUUACUUAAGGGUACUUUUCUUACUGUAUCCCUGAGCCUGGAACUCAGUAUGGAACAGGCUGAUGUAAACUCAGAGAGAGGUACUCCUACCUCUGCCUUGCAGUGCUGGGAUAAAAAACAUGCACUAGCAUGCCUGCAUAUAUAAAGCUUUCCUGACAGUCUUGCUAGAAUUCAUUUUUCUUGAUAGUUCUAGAAGAUUGUCAGUGAUUUCUAAGUUCAUUAUAUCCUUCAAAACUAUAAAUGAUGUUAAAGAGAGUAAGACCGUAAGUGGGAACUGGGCAGAAUGAUGAAGAUAACUGUAGACCAUCUCCAAGUUAAAAUGUUUGGUGCACUUUUAUCAUACAGAAGCAUAAAUGGUACAGAAGCAAUCACAACUCUGAAUGAUGCCACAGUAGCAACAGUUUCUAGACAGAAUGUUUAUACAGGAGUCAAGUGAUGCAACCACAUGUAACUGAGUUGAACUCAAUCUUAAAUGCAUGGUUAUGACUCAGGUAAUUAAUUUAUGAGGCUUGCUGCAGACAAAUGGUUCCACACUAAAAGACUAGAUUCCCAGCAGGAUAGCUGGGAUGGCUGAUUCAAGGACCUGUAAUAAGCUAGAGCAUUUACCUACAAGGAUACAAUCAAACUUGUUAAUUCUGGUGACAAGUCACAGUAUUUUUCUGGUUCUACCUGUUCUUGGUAUACACUUCAUAGGAGUUAGAGUAGUUCUCAAAGCAUGCUCAGCAGAGCCCAAGGAGUUUGCUACGUCUAUUUUCAUUAGCUUAAAUGAAAGGCAUUUUCUUUUCUCUAGUGUGUUCCUACUGAUGUUCUACAUGAACAAGUAACCAUCAUAUCCUUCCCAGCCCCACAUUCACAGUAAAGUUUCACUUGUCCUGAUGAAACAGUUAAAAAGAGCAGUAUUUUUUUUCCCCCCACCAUAGGUAGGGGAGGGGCUUUGGGAACUAAAAGUUGGGAAAUAGAAAGUCUUUUUCAGGGAAGUCCUCCUUGGUAGGUGGCCCAUGGUCCUGUAGAUGGCUCCUCAUGCUUUCACACAAUGAUGCCAGCAUUGACUGAUUUCAGUGCAUUGUUAUGAAGAUUAACCUUAGGGAGAGAUGAGUGAGAGGUGGGUUGCUAGCCUCAUGGUACAUUGUAUACUAGUAUGAAAUUCUCAGCAAACAAAAAAUGAUUAAAAACAUUCUUUUACCCAUGA